AUGAAUUCCAGGGAGACGUCUCAAGAGCUGCUGGUGCUCCCGGUGCGCAGCGGCGAGCAGGGCCUCUACGUUGUUCUGACCGAUCUCAAGGGAUGGGGAAGCGCGAAUGCCCACCGCGAGAAUGCGCACCACGACGUGCACGCUGUUGUGCCAAGUAGCGACAAGGGCUUGAGUUAUCUUCGGCUCGCCACACAAAUUUACUCAAAGCUUGUUGUGUACGGCCAGCCGCGUCUAAACGUCGUAAUAUAUCGACGGGAAGACAUGGCGGCUCAAAAGUCGGUCGAAGAGCAACUAUCGAAGCCUCAACGGAAUUGCGUACCCUCUCGCAACGAUGAUUUCGAAGCUAUCGCUCUUGUCGGAUCUGAGGGCUACGCUUUUGGGGAUGGGUCUCCCGACUUUUACGACAAGUACGCUGUCGUGGCCGUUGGCGGCACUUUUGACCGACUGCACGCCGGUCACCGCCUGCUGCUGACAGCGGCCGCAUGGGCAAGCCGGGAGACACUUCGGAUUGGGAUGACAACGGACUCGAUGCUACAAAACAAAAAACACAAACACCUGAUUGCCAGCGUCGCGGAUCGAAGCCGGGCAGCCAAGGAGUUUGCGCUGCAGGUGAAACCAGGGCUGCCCAAAAUCGUGAUAUCGGAACUGACGGAUGCGGCAGGCCCGAGUGCGAAUGAUGGUUCCAUCGAGGCGAUCGUGGUAUCCAGCGAGACGGCACGUGGGGCGCGUAGGAUCAACGAUGUGCGGCAAAGCGCGGGGCUGAAUCGGAUGGUGAUCAUCGAAGUGGACGUGCUGGAUACGCAGGGACAGAAGCUGAGCUCGACGGGGUUGCGAGCGGAGGAGAUUGUAAAGCCGCAUGGAUCGGAAGCGUAAAAUUGGGCAUCUAUGUCU